UGGCCCGCGCGGCCACGGCCGCAACGACGCGUCGCCGGGGGGGCUCACUCGAGCCCGAGCCCUCCGCGACGGCAACGCCAGGUCGUCGCGUCCGCCCCGCCAGCCCUUGAGCACGCCUCCCGCAUACCGAUGACUGCACUCGGCUCUCGACUGCUCCACCGGCUCCUCCACAGGCUCUCGCCGUCGGCCCCGGCGCGCUGCGACGGCGCGCCGCCGGCUCCCACCGCGGCGUCCGAGCUGGAGGGAAAGGUGACGCACCUGAUGGAGCUGCUCAAGGCGCAUCAGUCGCGGGACGCGGAGGCGUCGCGGCUGCAGCAAGCGCUGCAGUGCCAGGAGGAGGCGGACGCCGCCAAGCUCGUCGAGCUGAUGCGACGGCAGGAGGCGGCGAGCGCGGCGGCGGUCGAGGAGGCCAAGGCUGCGAUCGAGGCGCAGCUGGUCGAGCGAUUCCGCGAGGAGCAGGCGGCGGCGGCGGAGGCGCACUCAGCGCAGCUGCAGCAGCUGAGCGCGGAGCACUCGACGCAGCUGCAGCAGGCAGCGGCCCUCCUGGAGGCGCAGGCGCGCGAGAAGUUUGAGACGGCGGUCGCGCACGAGAGGGUGAUUGGAGCAGGCGGUGCUCGCAGAGAGGCUGGCGUAUCUCUCCGCCCUCAAGCAGCUCGAGCUCGACGUCGACGUGCUCACACGCGUCCUGGCGCCUACUGUAUACUUGAUGCAGAGCUUUCCGACGUCAUUGUGUUUGCCGCUCCGCGCUCGACGCCUGCCGCCGCGCGCGCCCGCGCGCCACCCCUUUUGCGCAGCAACACCUUAAAUUUCAUGGCCCUCCAAAUUCGGGUCGGAGCGUAGCGG